GCGCAUUCUGAUUAUUCAACUUUUUUUUUCUCCAUUGAAGAAUAUUCUUAAUUAAGAAUGAGAUAAGAAUUUGUAAAGGCUGUGUCUCCCACAGUCUAAAGACCUUCCAGAGAAAUGUAAUGCAAAGAUACAUGGCGGCAAUGAUAACACUCAUUGAACUACAAAUCAUGGCAGUGAUGGGAACCAUGCACCUAAUUGUCUGCCGUGGCUUUGGGGUAGAGAACGUGAUCCAAAGAUAGAAACAUUAAAGUUAGAAACAAGAAAACCCAUUCCAGUGGCAGAGGUUACCAACAUCACGUGUUCUUAGACACUGACUCCCUUCCUCAUUAAAACUGACCCAUAAAAUGGGACCUUUUCCUCUUGUCCCAUGCCACCUCCACACUAUGCAGAUGGGGUUCCCUCCCACUGACCAUUGGAAGAAAUGCACAAACCAAAACAGGUUUGCCUUAACCCCUUGCUGCUAGGGGUGUAGGAGAGGAAAACAAGAAAUGUAAUUGCAAAAGCCACCAACCACAUGACAGCCUGCUGUGGAGGAAGAAGAGGAGAGUGGUCCAGAGGAUGCCAGUGGGUGUAGGUCAGGAGGAAAAGCAGACCACAAAGAGUUUCUCACAUCCAACAAGAAAAUCUCUUUCCCAUCAGUUUAAACCAAUACAUAGACACACAUUAUUCUGUAAUUUGACAGUUACUUAAAUAUUAGGUAAACAAACACAAGGAAGAUGUGUUGACAAAUCACCCGGUACGAGCAGUAUAUAAGAGGCCAGGGCACCAGGAGACUUCCAAAGUCCAGCCCCUCACUCUCCUGGAAACCAGCCCAGAACCUCCACCCUCUGACACCAUGGUCAACUCCUGUUGUGGCUCCAGCUGCUGUGGCUCCAGCUGCUGCCAGCCUUGCUGCCGCCCCGCCUGCUGCCAGACCACCUGCUGCAGGACCACCUGUUGCCGGCCCACCUGCUGUGUGUCCAGCUGCUGCCGCCCCUCCUGCUGUGGCUCCAGCUGCUGCAGACCCAGCUGCUGCAUCUCUAGCUGCUGCCGCCCCACCUGCUGCCAGACCACCUGCUGCAGAACCACCUGCUGCCGCCCCAGCUGCUGUGGCUCCAGCUGCUGCCGCCCCUGCUGUGGGGGUUCCAGCUGCUGUGGCUCCAGCUGCUGCCAGCCUUGCUGCCGCCCCACCUGCUGCCAGACCACCUGCUGCCGGACCACCUGCUGCCGCCCCAGCUGCUGUGUGUCCAGCUGCUGCCGCCCCUGCUGUGGGGGCUCCAGCGGCUGUGGCUCGAAUUGCUGUGGCUCCAGCUGCUGCCAGCCUUGCUGCCGCCCCACCUGCUGCCAGACCACCUGCUGCCGGACCACCUGCUGCCCUCCCACCUGCUGUGUGUCCAGCUGCUGCCGCCCCAGCUGUUGCUAGACCCCCUGCCACCACCCACCCACCUGCUCUAGUGGCUCUUGCUGCUGCUGAGUGCCCUGACCUGCACCCUGCUGUUUUCAUCAGCCAAUCUCCUUCAUGUCGCAGUCCAACUGGGAGCUGAAUCAUGUGAGGCCAACUGUAAAACCUCAGUUCCCAGUGAUUUUUCAACCGCUUGGCCUUGGAAUGUACCACCCCACUGCCCAAUUCCCUCCCACCUGUUUCUUAUGAUGUCCAUCCCAAUUCAGUACAAAGGGUGUAUUUUCCCUGAUAUACGAUAACAUAUCAUCCUAACUGAUGUAUCUGUUACUGUCAGAUGUUGUCUAUGGAGAUGUUUCUAUAUAGCAAAUAAAUCUUAACUUUCCAGGCAUUAAAUAUAAAGAA